AUGGGAAAGCGCAAGAGUUCGUCGAAGCCUCAGGGCCCCAAGAAGAAGGAUCCCCUCCCAACCAAAUUCACAUGUCUUUUCUGCAACCACGAGGACUCCGUAGCUGUUAAGCUGGAUAAGAAGGCGGGUGUCGGUUCGCUGGACUGCAGAGUGUGCGGUCAGAUGUUUCAAUGCAGCAUCAACUACCUCUCGGCUGCCGUCGAUGUAUACGGUGAAUGGGUAGACGCCGCAGGUGGGCCCCCCCUUGUUGGAGAGCAGAUUCACAAGUACGAUGAUGCGGUUGCCAAAGAAGCACCAGCCGGUGGAAGUGGCCUGAACAAGACUUCUGGUACCCGGCGCGCACCUCCGAGCCGACCGGUGAACGACGACGACGAUGAUGACAGAAGAUACGGAGGCGAGGGCAUUGAUGCAGAUGACGAUGAUUACUAG